AUGCUGAGAAAGGGGGAAUGGGUCUGGGUGGACUCAGACAUCGGGGUCCCCAUUGGAGCUCGGGUCAAAGAAACAUCAACUGGUCUGAGAUUAUUGGUGGAUGAUGAGGGAAAUGAGCGGCGUUUGUCCAAGGAGGAGGAAGCCUCUCUCAGGAUCAUGCACGCGACAUCUGUUGAGGGGGUGGAUGACAUGAUCAAGCUUGGGGACAUGACGGAGGCUGCCCUCCUCAGGAACCUGUCGCUCAGACACAAGCGAGGACACAUCUAUACCUACAUAGGUUCAGUUUUGGUGGCGGUGAAUCCGUACCAGGAUUUUCCCAUAUACUCAGACGAACAGGUGAGAUUGUACCACAGUCGGAAGCUCGGAGAACUCCCCCCGCACAUUUUCGCCAUCGCUGAGUCCUGCUACUUCAACAUGACUCGCCAUCUCAAGAACCAAUGCUGCAUCAUUAGCGGGGAGUCUGGAGCUGGGAAGACGGAGAGCACCAAACUGAUCCUCCAAUAUUUGGCUGCUGUGAGCGGGAAACUCUCUCAGCAGCAGAUCGAAAAGCAGAUCCUGGAGUCCAACCCCAUUCUGGAAGCUUUUGGGAAUGCAAAAACAAUCCGCAACGACAACUCCAGCCGCUUUGGAAAAUACCUGGAGAUCUUCUUCAACAAAGACGGGGUGAUUGAAGGAGCCCGGGUGGAGCAGUACCUUCUGGAAAAGUCUCGUUUGUGCCAUCAGACCCCGGAGGAGCGAAACUACCAUAUAUUUUACUGCCUGCUAGCAGGAACCAACUCUGAGGAGAGGAAAACUUUGGGUCUCAAGCGUUCCAAGACAUAUAACUACCUUAGCAAGGGUGAGAGCACACUGUGUGAAGGCAGAGAUGAUGCUAAAGAUUUCAAGCGCAUCCGCUCAGCCAUGAAAGUCCUGACCUUCUCGGAACAGCAGUUCCAGGAUAUCCUCAAGCUGCUGGCAGCUAUAUUACACCUGGGGAACGUCAGCUUCGAGGCCUCCACUAACGCAAACCUGGAAACCAGCAACGUGGGAAAAUCGGAGCACUUCAACAUCGCCUCAUCACUGUUACAGGUGCAAAGGUCUGUCCUUGAAAACAGUUUGACGCAUCGCUCCUUUAUGACCAACAGAGAGAGAGUAACGAAGCCCCUCAGCGCCGAACAGGCCACCGACUGCAGAGACGCCUUUGUAAAGGCAAUCUACAAUAAGCUGUUCAUAUGGAUCAGUGGAAAAAUUAAUGAGGUCAUCUAUCAGAAACUUGAAAAAAGACCCAAAUCUUCAUUGCUCUCCAUCGGCUUGCUGGAUAUAUUUGGCUUUGAGAACUUCACAACAAACAGUUUUGAGCAGCUGUGCAUUAAUUUUGCUAACGAGAAGCUGCAGCAGUUCUUUGUGGCCCACAUCUUCAAGCUGGAGCAAGAGGAGUACCUGAAAGAAGGGGUCGUAUGGAAAAACAUCAAGUUCAGCGACAACGAGAAAAUCCUUCACCUGCUGGCUGAGAAACCGUGCAACGUGCUGGCUCUGAUAGAUGAGGAGAGCCACUUUCCAAAGGGUUCAGACCUUACUCUGCUGACCAAGCUGAACCAAGAGAACAAAGGAGAUGAAGCCUACAUCCAUUCCAAGAGUGAACACGACAUAUACUUUGGAAUUAAUCACUUUGCUGGCGAAGUCUACUACGACAUCAAUGGAUUCCUGGAAAAGAACAGAGAUGAAGUUAGUUAUGACAUCAUUAAAACAAUCGAAGUGUCCACCAAUAAGUUCCUGCAUCAGAUCUUUGAGAAGGACCUAUCAACCAACGGAGUGAAGCCAACUAAAAACGCCAAGUUCAUCAUGAAGCCCAAAAGCUUCCCACGGCCGCAGAACGAUAACCGUAAACAAGUGCCAACGCUGACUGGUCAGUUCCGAGUGUCUCUGGAUUCCCUCAUGAAGGCUCUGUCUGUCUGCCAGCCCUUCUUCAUCCGCUGCUUCAAACCCAACAACGAAAAGCAGUCUAAGACCUUCAACAGAGAGCUCUGCAUGCGUCAGCUGAGGUACUCCGGCAUGAUGGACACUAUUCGCAUCAGGAAACUGGGAUAUCCUGUGAGGCACACAUUUCAGGACUUCCUGAAGCGCUACAGAGUUCUCCUAAAGACGACCAUCUGUGACCCCAGAACCAGUGAAGCUUCAGCCUGUUGUGAAGCAAUCUGCAGAGCUGUGAUUAAAGGAAGGGAUGAGUGGAAAAUAGGAAGGAGUCAGAUUUUCCUUAAGGAUGCACAUGAUGCUGUGUUGGAACAUUUACGGGAAGAAGAACUGAGCAGGGUAGCCCUGGUGAUCCAGAGGGUCAUGCUGGGCAUAAAGGACAGAAAGCUUUUCCUGAAGAAGCGGGAAGCAGCUGUGGUGCUACAGAAGAACUGGAGAGCUUACAGACAAAACAUAGUGGAGAGAAAGCUUCAGCUGGGUUUUGUUCGCCUGGUGUCAGUGAUCCGAAGUCGGAAACUUCGUUCUCAGUACCAGAGACAGCGAGCAGCUGCAAUCGUCAUCCAGAAACAGGCAUGUGCUCCGCAUACCAGCACCCUAAGAACUGCUUACAGCCAUGAGAAAGAGAAAGUACGAGGCUACCGGGCGAGGAAAGACUACCGGAAGGAACUAGCAGGUCUGGCUUUGCUCUCACAAAUGAAGGAGGAAGAAGAAGACAUCGCCAUCGAACUCCAGCAACGGCUGUUAGAGGUUGCUGCAGAGCAAGAAGUUAUUUCAGAGCUUGCCGACGUGGAAUCCAACAUUUCCAGCGAACCUGAAUCAGUGGGAAGAAUGUAUGACAAGCUUAAACUUUCUGAUGAGGACACGGAUGACACUAAAUCAGAGACUGAGGACAUUGUGGAGAUGGAAGAGGAAACCCCUCAGCGCUCCAACGAGAUGACGUUUAUCAUCACGCCGGCUUCUAACUCAAUCACCCCUACGCCAUCGAUCAAUGACGAGUUAGAUGAAGACUUUGAUGACAGGUUUGACGACGAGAGCGACUUAAUGUCCUUUUACAACUUCAGCAAACUUCACUUCCAGAACAGGGAGAACCACAAGCACACCCCCCAGAGACUGAAAAAGCCCCUCCUGCAUCACGAGGAUGAAGGAGACGCACUGGCGUCUCUGACUCUGUCAUGGAUCAUUAUGCGGUUUAUGGGGGACAUAUCGGAGCAGAGAUCUGCAGAUGCAAUCUCUCAGUUUUCUCACCAGUCCAGCAACAUCUCCCAAAGCUCCAUCUCUCGUCUGCUUCCAAACAGACAAGGCCGGAGGCUGAGCAACCUGGUGGGACUUGAUCAGAAAAUCCUGAGAAGGAACAAGAAGAAGCUUGACGGUGGAACCAGAAAAUCCUCAGCUAUACUGGAGGAGCCGGAGGAUCUAACUGAAGACGAGGACAUAUUGGUUGGAGAGGGCCCAACACUGCAUCGACAGCUGACACAGCUGGAAAAGCUGCACAUUAUUGUUGGAUAUGGUUUGUCACGAGAAGGCGUGAGAGAUGAGAUCUACUGUCAGAUCUGCAAGCAGCUGGUGAACAACAAGAACAGGAAGAGCUGCAUGCAAGGCUGGGCUCUCCUCGCCCUCUGUCUGGGGAUCUUCCCUCCAACAAGCCUCUUCAUGGGGUAUCUGGAGCAUUUCCUUCGCAGAGGUCCAAAUGGUUACAGAGAAUACUGUACAGAGAGGCUGCAUCGUAUAGUAGCCAAUGGAGAAAGAAAAGAGCUCCCCUGUUGGAUAGAGCUGCAGGCUGCCAACAAAAAGGAGCCCAUUAAUUGGUCGGUGACACUAAUGAAUGGAGAAAAAAUCGCCGUACAGCUGGAUUCAGCCACCACCACAUCUGAAGUCUGCCAGGCUGUGGCUAAAAAGAUUGGGCUCAAAGACACCUUUGGCUUCGCCGUCUACAUCAGCUUCUAUGAAAAGAUGUGGUCUUUAGGCUGCUGUGAGAAGAAGCAUGUAUUGGAUGCCGUAUCUCAGUGCGAGCAGGAAAUGAGGAGGCAGGGCAGGGAGGAGAAGGACACACCCUGGAGCCUCUCCAUCCGUAAGCAGCUGUUUGCACCGUGGCACGACUCCUCCCAGGACUCGGUGAGCACAGAUCUGAUCUACAAGCAGGUCAUCAAAGGAGUCAAGUCUGGAGAAUACGUCUGUGAGAAGGAGGAUGAAUUUGUCCAGCUGGCUGCAAAGCACUACUUUGUCUGCUUCGGCUCUCAGGAGCCCACUAGGGACAAUGUCCGAGAGGUGGUCCAGGAGUGCAUCCCGACCACACAGAUUGAGCAAAGAUCCAUGACAAGAUGGAUUCAGCUCAUUACUGCAGAGCUCUCAAUGGAGACGUAUAACAACGGGAGACUAAAGGCAGAAAAGGUCAAAGGAGAGGUGGUGGACAUUGCCCAAAAAACCUGGCCGCUCGACUUCUCGAAGCUUUUUGACGUCACAAUGAUGUCAGGACCCCCAUUGCCUAGAAGCAGAUUUUUUGUGGCAGUAAACUGGAAAAACAUCAUCUUCAUGGAGAAAAGGGAGAAGAUUCUCAUGGAGAUUUCCUAUGUAGAGGUGAAAAAAGUCGAGAUGUUGAGAGACAGACACCUGUCUGUGAGUUUGUCAACAAUCAAAGGAGACUACAUCCUGAGGUCUCAAGAGGCGGAGGACAUGGCCAAGGUGAUGGAAUUCAACGUCGAUGGCCUUAGAAAGCGUUCUAUGUAUGCCAUGGUUCAGCAGGACAUUCCUAAACAAGAUGAUCCCAUCUUCCUGGUCUGUAAACGAGGUGACUUGCUGAGAGUUGAAAAAGACUAUGAUGAUGAUUAUUCACAAGAUUGGACUUCAAAUCAGAUCAAAGCGAUCAACCAGCGAACCAAACGGGAUGGAUAUGUCAAUAGGGAAAAAGUGGAGUUUCUGCCAACUCUUACUGAACCUAGCGCAGAAUUGCUGCAAAAUCUCAGCCCGAAACAGAGGAGAGGCUCAGCCCCGGUCAUUGUCCCUCUGGUCGAAGAGACAGUGGCUCCUGUUUCUUUGAAAGAGUUUGCUCUCGAGAAUUUCAGACAAGGCACCAAAGAAGGUGGUCGGAACAAGGGGGGACACAGGGAGAAGCUGUGGGUUUUCUCCAAGGAGCCUAUUAAACAGCCACUCCUGAAGACGUUGGUUGGCAAUUCAGAACUGAACCCUCUGGCCUGCAACUCCUUUACUGCUAUCUUGAAGUAUAUGGGCGACUACCCCAUCAAACAAUCUCGAAGUCCCAUAGAGCUGACCGACCAGAUCUUUGGUCCAGCCACCAAGCACGAGGAACUUCGAGACGAAAUCUACUGCCAGUUAAUGAGGCAGAUGACCACCAAUAGCAGCAGAAUGAGUUUGGAGCGUGGCUGGCAGCUGAUGUGGUUGUGCUCGGGUUUAUUCCCACCCUCCCCGAAAUUAAAAAGACACGCGCAGCGCUUCCUGGAAUCCCGGCCCCGGGACCCUCUGGCUGCCAUCUGUUUACAGAGGCUGCAGGACUUUUCAAGUAAAGAACCCAGGAAGCUUCCUCCCCAUCAGGCGGAGGUGGAGGCCAUCCAGCAGAACAGCACCCAGAUGUUCUAUAAAAUCCACUUCCCAAAUGACACAGAUGCUCUAGUGGAGGUGUCUGCAACGAUCACCAACAGAGAGCUACGCCACAGGAUCGCCGACCAGCUCUCACUGAGCUCACCAGAGGGAUACGGCUUGUAUACCAAAGUGUCACAGAAGCUGGUGUGCCUGGAUGAGGACAAAUAUUUCUUUGACAAUCUAAGGCAGCCUCCAGAUGUUCCAAAGAAAGGGAAAAAAGUGAAAGAAGCCCAACAAGCCUAUGUGCCGCUCAUGGUGACCUUUAGAAGGAAGCUCUGGUUCAACGUCAUCCCAGGAAAAGACCUUAUCGCAGAUCUUACCUUCCAUUUCCCACAGGAGGUGCCUAGGUAUCUUCGGGGAUUCCACCAAUGCAGCAAAGAGGACAUGAUAAACCUGGGAGGGCUUCUCUUCAGAGUGGCGGUGGACUCUGACAGGUCACAGUUUGUCAUGAUCCCUAGAAUGCUGGGCGAGCUGGUUCCUUCUGACCAACAAAAAAUAAUGUCUCCGGACGAAUGGAAGAAGCACAUCAUCACAUCAUACAACGGGCAGAGCGGUAUGACAGUACAAGAGGCCAAAAUUGCCUUCCUUAAAGAAAUUUCUAGUUGGCCGACCUUUGGCUGUUCCUUCUUUGAAGUUAAACAAACAUGUGAGCCAUCGUACCCACCUGUUCUUUGGUUUACCAUCGGCAAGAAAGGCGUUAGCCUAAUUGACCCCAGAACGAAGGAGCUGCAAGUGAUGCAUCCAUUCAACCGCAUCAUCGAUUACAACAGCAGAGGCAACUACUUCCAGAUGACCAUCCGCACCAUGGUGAGGGGCGUCAGCUUCGUGUGUGAAACCUCACAGGCUUCCACAAUAGAGGACAUUGUUAAAUCGUACGUCAGGAUGUAUGAGGAACAGAGGCAGAUUUCUCGACCGAGGAACAACAUGUUUGACUGAGACUUUGAACUGAUCUGUUCUGAUUUCCAUGCAAUGUUAUUCAUUUUCUUGAAGUUAAUCCAUUUGUAAACAAUAAAU